AAACAGGCCGCUGGGAUAAUUGUAGCUAGACGGAUAAUGUACUUUCUGGAUCAAUAGGUUUGGAUCUCUCAGAUCAGAGUCAGAGAGAGGCUGUAGUACUUCAAGAACCAGCACUGGUUUUUGCUACAUUGGUCAAGAAAAGUAUUCAGACAUUAGCAAGUAGUGCUGUUGGUUUUUGGGCUAUGGGUGUGAUGUGUGAGGAAGUUACGCAGGUUGUGAUACCUGCGGCUGCUUUCAUUGGGAUUGGGUUUGCUUUGCUUCAGUGGUUCUUGGUCUCCAAGGUCAGGGUGUCUGGUGAUUCUGAUGAUUAUGAUCAUGAAUAUAAGGGCAGCCUUAUUGAUGAAGCAGAGUUUGAGGAGGGUGUAGACGGUCUCGAGGCUUCCAUCAAGUGUGCUGAAAUUCAGAAUGCCAUUUCUGUCGGGGCCACCUCGUUUCUGUUUACUGAGUAUAGAUAUCUUGGUAUCUUCAUGGGAGUAUUUGGUGUCAUCAUUUUCCUCUUCCUGGGUUCAGUCAAGGGCUUCAGCACCGAAAGUGAACCUUGCACUUACAAUACAGGGAAUUAUUGUAAACCAGCUUUGGCCAAUGCCUUCUUUACCACUGUUGCAUUCUUGCUUGGGGCUCUUACCUCAGUUCUUUCUGGUUUUCUUGGGAUGAAGAUUGCUACCUAUGCCAAUGCUAGAACCACUCUAGAGGCAAGGAAAGGUGUUGGUAAGGCUUUCAUUACAGCUUUUCGCUCUGGUGCUGUAAUGGGGUUCCUUCUUGCUGCCAAUGGCCUUUUGGUGCUGUGGGUCACCAUCAAUCUAUUCAAGCAGUAUUAUGAAGAUGACUGGGAAGGGCUUUAUGAAUCUAUUACAGGUUAUGGACUUGGAGGUUCUUCAAUGGCACUUUUUGGAAGAGUUGGAGGAGGUAUAUAUACAAAAGCUGCUGAUGUUGGUGCUGACCUUGUAGGAAAAGUUGAGAAGAAUAUCCCCGAAGAUGAUCCUAGAAACCCAGCUGUUAUUGCGGACAACGUGGGUGAUAAUGUAGGAGACAUUGCUGGAAUGGGUUCUGACCUGUUCGGGUCUUAUGCUGAGUCAUCCUGUGCAGCACUCUUUGUUGCAUCAAUAUCAUCUUUUGGUGUCUCUCUUGACUACACCGCAAUGUCUUAUCCUCUAAUUAUAAGCUCAAUGGGGAUUGUUGUUUGCUUAGCAACAACAGUUUUUGCAACUGAUCUUUUUGAGAUCAAGAAUGUGAGUGAGAUUGAACCAUCCUUGAAGAGACAACUUCUUAUAUCAACUGUCUUGAUGACUGCUGGUAUUGCCGUGGUCAACUUCUUUGCUUUGCCAUCAGAAUUUACUCUUUAUGAUUUUGGGGCUGAGAAGGCUGUAAAGAAUUGGCACAUUUUCUUCUGUGUUGCCAUUGGCUUGUGGGCUGGACUUGCUAUUGGGUACACUACAGAAUAUUAUACCAGCAAUGCUUACAGUCCGGUGCAGGAUGUGGCAGAUUCUUGCAGGACGGGUGCUGCUACAAAUGUGAUUUUUGGUUUGGCACUGGGAUACAAAUCUGUCAUCAUUCCCAUAUUUUCCAUUGCCAUUGCCAUUUAUGUGAGCUUUAGCUUUGCUGCUAUGUAUGGAAUUUCUGUGGCUGCUUUAGGAAUGCUCAGCACCAUUGCCACUGGUCUAGCAAUAGAUGCUUAUGGCCCCAUAAGUGACAAUGCUGGGGGAAUUGCAGAAAUGGCUGGUAUGAGCCAUAAGAUACGGGAAAGAACAGAUGCUUUAGAUGCUGCCGGAAAUACUACUGCUGCUAUUGGCAAGGGUUUUGCUAUUGGAUCGGCUGCUCUUGUUUCCCUAGCUUUGUUUGGUGCCUAUGUGAGCAGGGCAGGUAUCAAGACCGUUGAUGUGUUGACUCCAAAGGUCUUCAUUGGGUUGAUUGUGGGAGCCAUGCUUCCAUACUGGUUUUCAGCCAUGACAAUGAAGAGUGUUGGAAGUGCAGCUCUCAAAAUGGUUGAAGAGGUUCGCCGGCAAUUCAAUUCUAUUCCUGGCCUUAUGGAAGGACUGGCAAAACCAGACUAUGCAACCUGUGUCAAGAUCUCUACCGAUGCUUCACUAAGGGAAAUGAUCCCACCUGGUGCUUUAGUCAUGCUCACACCACUUAUUGCCGGCACCAUCUUUGGAGUGGAGACUCUUGCUGGGGUUCUUGCCGGUUCACUUGUUUCUGGUGUACAGGUUGCCAUCUCAGCUUCCAACACAGGUGGUGCAUGGGAUAAUGCAAAGAAAUACAUAGAGUGGCAGGCUGGUGUGAAUGAACAUGCUAAAUCACUAGGUCCUAAGGGUUCAGACGCUCACAAGGCGGCUGUCAUAGGCGACACAAUCGGAGAUCCUCUCAAGGACACAUCUGGUCCAUCACUCAACAUCCUCAUCAAGCUCAUGGCUGUCGAGUCCUUGGUGUUUGCUCCAUUCUUUGCAACUCAUGGGGGCUUGAUUUUCAAACUGUUUUGAAAAAUAUUGGAGCUGCCAUAUGAUCAGUUUUACUCUGGUACAUGUCUUAACUUGUGGAACAGUAAAUUUAAGUGGAUGGAGUUGGAGCUGAUCUCAUCUAAUCUGAAACUGCAAGAUCUAAAGAGAACAAGCUAUAUAUGUGGCUUUACUUUGAUCAGAAGUUUACUGGAUUUUGUGCAUCUUUGUACUAAACUUUGUUUAGCUUUCUAAAGCUGUUAUUGUCCUAAAA